UGGGAGUGAACCGGAAGUGUAAACGCUCUUGCUUCUCUUCGGCCAGGCGGAACCUGCUCUGCUGGGCCCGGUGGCCGCAAAAGAACUUUCUAUCUCCCGCCCCAACGGUCGCCGCGGCCAACUGCCUCGCCCGCCUGGCAGCCUUUCCCGCCUUCUCUUCCUUUCGGCUCCGCGCGGCCCUGUCUCCCUCUCGCCCCGCGGUAUCCGCUUGCUGCUACCACCGCCUCCUUGUCUUCUGCCCGGCCGAGCGGCCCGCCCCGCUGCAGUGAUGUGCGACAAGGAGUUCAUGUGGGCCCUGAAAAACGGAGACUUGGAUGAGGUGAAAGACUACGUGGCCAAGGGAGAAGAUGUCAACCGGACACUAGAAGGUGGAAGGAAGCCUCUUCAUUAUGCAGCAGACUGUGGGCAGCUUGAAAUCCUGGAAUUUCUGCUGCUGAAAGGAGCAGAUAUUAAUGCUCCGGAUAAACAUCAUAUUACGCCUCUACUGUCUGCCGUCUAUGAAGGUCAUGUUUCCUGUGUGAAAUUGCUUCUGUCAAAGGGUGCUGAUAAGACUGUGAAAGGUCCAGAUGGAUUAACUGCCUUUGAAGCCACUGACAACCAGGCAAUCAAAGCUCUGCUUCAGUGAUGGACGGACCGGCUGACAGCUCUGGAGGAAGGGCUCUCCUGUGGCCUCACACUGCUGCCUGUCUGUCUGUCACUCUCUAUCUGCCAGCUUCUUCAGCUACACUUUAUGAGGGGUGAGGGGAGAGAGAAAUUCAUAACAAAUCAGACUACCAGAAAAACAAAACAAAACAAUGUUUUGGAAGAGAGGGGGAAAAAACCGUGAUCAGGCUCUUGCUCGGAUUCCUGAUCAAGUCCGCCUCUUUUCCAUUUCCAACAAAAUAUACCGCCCGUACCCAAGGGAGAGCAGAGACAAAACAUGCCAGUAAGAUUUGACCUUUCCAGCUCCCUAGCUAGUGUAUUCCUUAGGUCGUGUCGAGGGUCUGAUUGUGCCAGGCCAGCUCUCCGGGUGUGGUAGCCCUAAAUGCGAGCAGCGGCGGCGGCUGCUGUGAACGUAACUCUGGGUGCUGAGAUCAGCGAUCGGCUCUAGCCUUCUGCCUUAAGACGCGCUCUCCUGGGGGCCUCCUGGCGGAGUUCAGAGCGCUGCCCGCGGUCGGCGACCAAAUCUGCCCUCGGCGACUUUCAGCUUCACGUGGGAGCUCAGUUAAGGUGAGGGGGCACACUCCUAAAUUGCUGGAUGACUCAACUUUGGAUUUCCUCUCCCCUUUCACAUGGGUUUCAUGUGUCUUUAGAUAAAACUGACUAGUUUUAUUUAUAAACUCUUAAAUUUUGGAAGCCUAAAGGAGAAAUCAUUCCAGUGUGCAUAUUUUUUUUUCUCCUCUAGAUUCAGACGUUUAUAUAACAUUCAAACACUUUCAGACUCCUGCUGGUAGUAAAAGGGGAUUUAAACAUAGAAUCAUAGCCAUAGCCUGUGAGUGUCGUACAGAGAACAGUGGUCUUAGUACCUACGGAUUUUCUUCAUUUGCUCUUUGAAUGGAUUGGCCUCGGUUAUGUUUGGCGAAUCAAGGAACAUUCUUUGGAAAUCCUCUCUCAGACCCACCUUGGAUGCUGAUUACUUACUGCACCAAAGCUGUCACUGGGGUGAGAUUUACAAUCUGGACAAGUUGAGCCCCGUCCCUUCAAAAAUACGCUUGUUACCAGGUUUCCCUGAGUUGUCGAUAGGCUUUUGCUGAACAUAUGCCAGCCCACCUACGUGAUAGAUUUUUGUCUCUAACCCAUUCAUCACAGUAAGUGUGACAUCUCCAGAAUGUGUCCCAUGUUCUUAACAUACAGCGCCCUAAAACGGGUGUGAAGACCUGCAGGAAACAUUUAGACACAUGUUCAAAUGUUUAUUCCAUGAGCAGUCCAAGUAAUUAAACCAUAUACCCUUAAAUUUGCUAUCUUGCAUUUAAAAUACUGAUUCCUUUGCUUGCCAUCCAUAAAAGCUUGCUAAAAAUUGUAGGGUUUUUUCCUCAGCCAAAUCAUGCAAUAAUUGAAUGUACUUCAAAUUUUUAAAGGGGGGUUGGGUUAGGGACUUACACUCAGAUUAUGGAUCACAAAGAAUUAAUGAUGAUUUUUUUAAGGCAAUGUAGCAUUCUAAAGCAGGGUUAAACUAUCAAGAAUAGCCAGCUAAUAAAUCUUAUUGAUCGAUUGCUGAUCGGUUUGUUAGGGUGUGGAUUUAUGGGUGCGUGUGUGUGUGUGUGCGUGUGUAUUUUUUCCAUGGACUUUUUUUUUUUUUUAAAUCCUGUGGCUUUUUUGCUUACAACUAGCCUAACACUGUAAUUUUCCUGCAUCCAAGAAAACAAUCACAAACAAAAUGGUGGCUGAAAUACUUUGAUAUCUUUGGCUAAUUCUCCAGUUGUAAUGUAGCCUAUUCAUGUUGGAUUCGAAGUCAGUCAACAACAGUGCUUUCUUACAUCACUGAGCGGAAACAGAGCGAUCCUCAUUGAAGAUGGAGGGCACUUAAUCAGUUGGUAGCAACAAGGUGUUUUGAGAUCUUUGUUUUCACCUCCUGGCAGAUUGCUUUUGAAAGGCUUGGAUUUUACCUUCUAUAGUUUUCACCCUUCCUUUCAAACCUGUUGUAGUUGGCGGGUGCAGAGAGUGCACUGUCCUAUCAUUCCUAAACCCGGUCUGCUUUCUGCCGUCACUGGUGUAGAGACCAUGUGCUUCUUUGUGCAGUUCAUCCCACGUUCCCUGUAGUGCAGUAGAGGCUACUCCGCCUUCCCUCUUCUUUCUCAGCCAUUCAGAAGCCCCGUAGUUCUGGAGCAGUUGCUUGACAAAUAACAUCAACAUAGAAUAGACUGGCCAAGAUGGUUUACCAUUUUUUUAACUAGUUUAUUUAUAAUGUAUUUCUGAACCACUUGGCAGAGAAAUUCACAACACUUUAAUGUUCAUUUUUUGAGUAAAGGAAGCUAAAAACAUGUCUGCUUUUUGGUACUACAUGCAUUAGUACAAGGUUAAGUUUUGUUCUCCACUGAAUAUUUAACAUCUCAGAGAAACUCUUGCAUGUUCUGUAGUUUUGUAUGGAGUCAUUUUGUAUGCACUAUAUCCAGUAACAACAGGCACUGUGCCUGUUCACGGUAGUGUACUAACCAGUCCCCCUCGCGGCUUCAGACCUGUAUCCGUACACCCAGGUUGGAGUGCAGCACCCAUGUACCCCCAGGUAGCUCUUCUGUGCGUAGCUCACCUUCCCCAGCCAGUGGGGCACCAAGGAGAGGCAGGUGGGUGCAGUGUGUGCGAGCUGCAGGCAAGUAAGGCCCUUUCAUUGAUUUCUUUCCCCCCAAUAAUGGAUCUGAAAUCUGUAUGUACCGACUUUUUUUUUCCCCCUUAAAACUUCAACUGAGCUGCUCUUUACUUCAUGCAAUAUUGUGUACUCGAUUGUGUAUAGAAGAAGCUGGGGAGAGUGCCCUCCUACAUAAGCAAUUGCAGUGUUUUGCAUGCAAAAUUUUAAGAAUUUAAAUCGUCCUGAUUCUAUUUUGUAAAUGGAGAAACAAUCAUAUCUUUCUAAGCAGUAAUGGAGGAAGACUAGUGCUUUGUGCAUUUUGAUAUAUUUGAGUUCAUUUUUUCCACAAUGUAAUACUUUUGACACAAUUGGGUUUCUCAUAUUAUCCUAGUUCAUGUACAUCCGAAUGCUAAAUAAUACUGUGUUUAAGUUUUGUGUUGCAAGAACAAAUGGAAUAAACUUGAAUUGUGCUACAA